AUGAUAAUAAUCCAAGUCUGUAGGACGUGCUUGACUGCCGAUAGAGUUUCCAUGGGCGAUGCGGAUGAGGUGAAUCAGAAAUUAUUGGCAACAUCCACCGCCUCGGUGGAAGGUGUGCGGGCGAGUGAGCGGUGGAUGUUGGGAUCGAAAAAACGAGGUGGCGAUGUGGCCUCCAAAACGGCGCGCAAAAAGUUCAGGUCAGAGGCGCGCGCACACACCGAGAGACAUUUGGACGACGAAGACCCAACAGAAGCCGACAGUGGAGGCGCGGUUCCUGAUGAUAAUUCUAAAGUAAGUGUGAGUCCUGACGUUUCCGCCACAGAGGCGCUGGUGCAUUCUCUGAUGACAUACGUCUUUGACACGACCCUGGGUGGCCGUCACAACGCCUCUCGGGGUGGCGAGACAAAUUUUGAACCGCCACCGCGUGCUGUUCUUUGUGCCGAACGCUCCACCAUGCGUCCGGUGGCAGCCUUUUCGAUUCAUCAUGCCGUAUACGGCAGCAGUAGCACGACACGGAGCGAAAGGGUGGUGGAAGCAAUUUUGAAGCACCGGAAGAAGUUACGUGUGUGCAGCUACGAUAGGGAUCUUGUGGGCGGCUUUCUUGAUGGUAAACCACUCCAUACGAGGCAGCACCUACUCGCGUUGGUGACAAAAGGACUCAGAGGUGAACAAAUGCAGGAAAUGCCGCAGACAAGCGGAAUUGUUGAGGCAAAGCAAGAGACGAAGCGGAAUGCAGUGGUGUUGUUUAGUGAUACGAAGAGCAAGAGUCUAAGCAGCUUUCUCCAGGACUCAUCUUCCUCUUUGUCGGAUGAUAGUGAUGGUGAUGAUGGUGAUAAUUGUGAGAAGUGA